CUGACACUUGUUGUGAUUGUCAGCCUGGCCAUUCGUUCAGAGCUGACUGGUGCAUUGACCUUCACGGAUUUUUAUCCCGCGAAGAGUUCGCCGCUAGACUUAACCAAAUUAAUAAUCAUGUUCAAGGCGUUGAACUAAUGACCAAAAAAACAAAAGACUUAUUAUAUUAUGUCGCCUCAAUUGGUGCUACUUUAUUAUCGAUUAUCUUCAGCGUAAUUAUGAGAUCGGCAACGGGGUUACCUAUAGGCUUUAGUAUAUCUGGAAUUUUAUUCUUUUUCGCUAAAUAUAUGAUCGAAAAAAAUGCUGCAGAACGCGCAAUAGCAUUUACUAAUCUCCUAAACGAACUUUUUGCACAAUAUAACAAACAUGAAAAUCCAACCGCUAAUUGGAAAUUCUGGUGGGUUAGUUCCUACGAAAGAUACGUUACUGAUUUGGAUGGAAGAGCUUAUGGAAAUGGUCAUAUAAACAAAGAAAAAAUAAAGUACCAUGGUUUUUCACUUAGUGUUUUCUUCGCAAACUUAUUUGCUGACAAUGCACUAAUAAUUCUUGAAAUCAAUGAUGCCCUCUCCGAUCUUACCAAAAACACUGUUGGCGUUAAUCUUAGGGCUAAUAACAACUAUUCUAAUAGUAUCAACUAUUCUAAUAAUGCAAACUAUUCUAAUGAGAUGACAAUUAUUAAUAAUAAUAUCCCUGUUCAAAAUGUCCCUAUUAAUAAUAAUGUCCCUGUUCAAAAUGUCCCUAUUAAUACCACACAG